UCACAUUACCACACUGAAGAUUGAUGCUAAGCCCUCCCUCACAGCAGACUCAGCACUCACUUCGACCUUCUGGAGUCAUGGAGUAGCUGAGAUGGCAGGCCAAAGAAAUAAGCUGUGUGUGUCAUCCCUGGCACUGGGGAGCUUUGCAGAGGGGGUGGAGGCUGUGUAUGGCAUGUUUGAUGGUGACAAGAACGAGGAGCUGCCACGCUUGCUGCAGUGCACCAUGGCGGAUGUGCUCCUGGAGGAGGUACAGCAGUCAGACACCAUGUUCAUGUCCAACACCUUCUUGGUCUCCCACAGGAAGCUGGGCAUGGCUGGGCAGAAGCUGGGUUCCUCUGCUGUCCUUUGCUAUAUUCGUCAUGAUGUGGCUGAUCCAGCCAGCAGCUUUUCUCUGACGGUGGCCAAUGUGGGGACGUGCCAAGCCGUUCUGUGCCGAAGUGGAAAACCGCUGCCUCUGUGCAAAGUCUUCAGCCUUGAACAAUGUUCAGAAGAAGCCAAGAGAAUCAAGGAGCAGAAAGCCAUUAUAACAGAGGACAAUAAGGUCAAUGGCGUGACUUGCUGUACUCGGAUGCUGGGCUGCACAUACUUGCAUCCUUGGAUCCUGCCCAAACCACAUGUCAAUUCCAUUCCAUUGACUGUACAAGAUGAGCUGCUACUUCUAGGGAACAAAGCUCUCUGGGAACACCUUUCUUAUACAGAGGCUGUCUCAGCCGUGCGCCACCUACAUGACCCGCUAGCUGCUGCAAAGAAACUCUGCACUUUAGCCCAAAGCUAUGGUUGCCAAGACAAUGUAGGUGCAAUGGUGGUGUGUCUGAACAUCAGUGAGGACAGCUGCACAUGUGAGAUGCAUGGCCUCACUCUGCCAGGUCCUGGGGGAUUUAGUUCCACCACCACCAAGCCAGCAACACCUUCAUCUAGCAGUGGAAUUGCUUCAGAGUUCAGCAGUGAACUGUCUGCUUCUGAGGUUAGCAGUGAGGUGGGCUCUACUGCUUCAGAUGAACACAAUGCUGUUGGUCUUGAUGGCAGUUUGCUACCACGACAAGAGCGACGUUGCAGCCUACAUCCUGUGCCCUCCUCAAGCAUCUUUCAGCGCCAACCUUCCAGUGCCACCUUCUCUAGCAACCAGUCUGACAAUGGUCUGGAUAGCGAUGAUGAGCAGCCUGUGGAAGGUGUGAUGACAAAUGGCAGUAAAGUGGAGGUAGAGGUGGACAUCCACUGCUGCAAAGGAAAGGGCCUGGAGUUUGAACCACCUGCUGUAGAGUACAGCUCCUCUGCUCCAGGGCCAGAGGAUGACUCUGGCCUUGUCCUCAUCAUUCGGAGACAGAACAGUGUAAACAGCAACACUGUGCAGAGAGGGGUCAAGGAAAACUGUGAACUGCAAAAAUCUCUUUCCACAUGCUGUCUCUAUGGAAAGAAGCUUUCCAAUGGCUCCAUAGUGCCCUUGGAGGAGAGCCUCAACCUCAUCGAAGUAGCCACAGAGGCACCCAAGAAGAAGACUGGCUAUUUUGCUGCUCCAUCCCAAAUGGAGCCAGAGGAUCAAUUUGUCGUGCCACCUGAUCUGGAGGAGGAAGUGAAGGAACAAAUGAAGCAGCACCAGGAGAAUGGAGCAGAUCAGGAAAAGAAACAGGAACAUGCAGCAGCUCUGCCAGAGGAGUUUGACACAGCUUUGUAA